UUGCCUCAGCUCUAGAUUUUGCCAUCCCGCUUCAGUGUUUCUACACUCCAGAAGCUGUAACUGCCUACUCCAGGCAGCAGUUUCGGUUUGACCAAAGGGUGUUUUCCCUGCCUGGAACAGGGUGAGAUUUUCCCAGCCUGCACACUCAGUGUUUUCACAGCAUGUCCUGAGCUGACCUCAGUCAUUUGGAGAGCUCAGUGGAUCAAAGCCUGUGACUGCAGUAGCUGCAGGCGAAGAGAAGCCAAGCAACACUCAACUGGAUUCAGAAAUAAAAACACAGAGCAGUUAAAAACUGGUGUGACACCAGGCACGGGGUAAUUCUGAGGCAGACUCUCCUCUUGGAUAAAUGAGACAAUGAGCUGUCGGGUGACACUGCAGAGCUCUAACAUCUGCAUAGUAACUUCUACCCAGAAAUCAUGAUGGAAAAUGCAGCCCCCAAACACCACCAGUCACUUUGAGCCAGUCUCUGAGAUGUUUGUUACCUUGUGUUACACAGAGCUUAUUUCCAAUGUGUACAAGGCAUUUUAAAACAUAGAUUUAUCCUCUUCUCCUGCACAAUUACUCUUUACUACAAUUACAGUUAGGAUUUUAUGUGACUGUUUAGAGGGAAAAUGGGUUUUGGCUUUAGCUGUAACACUAUAUGAGGAGAUAACCUCACAAAUUACUCGACCUGAAAAGCAGGCCUGCCCUGCUCUUGGUGCACAGCGCAGUGACUCAGAUCACUAAAAACCUGAAAACAUUCCCACUGUUACAUUUUUAACUUGGCCUGCACUCAACUGUGUAACAGCUGGGAAACCAAAGCAAGAAGUCAUUCCACCGCUACACAGCAAAGCAGCCAGAUGAGCUGGGGAAGUGCUGUCGGGCAGUUUGUAAAUUCUUGGAUUGAAGUGUAACCUCUUGGCUUAACCUGCCUGUUAGAGACAAGGCAAAGGGCAGGCUCGCUGUAUCCAGGCGGGUGCUGCUGAGAUAGCCCAACUGAAAUCCAAUGUGCUCAGUUUGUGUCUAGAUUAAGAAGAAAUUUCUUGACCCAAAGAGUUUAUAAUCCAACCUGAGGAGAGGGGGCAGAGGUUGGGAAUGAGAGCCUUUGGGGUGAAUGAAUUUGCAGCACCAAGAUCAAGACCCUUCCCACAUCCCACCCUUUGACUCACACUGACUCUCCCUUCGGGAAAGACCAAACCCUUCUCUGAAAUCAUUUGCUUUGCACAGUUCAAGGGCCUUACACAACCCUCUGCUGGCAGUCUUAAAAACCCCACAGCUUAUCAUGAGUGAUGAAAGAGCUCAAUAUUCUGUUUCUAGAUCAGUACCACACCCCCGUGGGAGCGAAUGAGCGGAGAUCAACCAGCGUUGUGCUGCAGGAGGAAGGAAACUUUGACUGAAGCUGAGUGGAAACCCCCCGUGCUCUUUGACAAUGGCUGACUGGGCGCCCAUAGCGAAGGAGUACGACCCCCUGAAGGCUGGCAGCAUCGAUGGCACGGACGAGGAGCCCCACGACCGCGCCAUAUGGCGGGCGAUGCUGGCGCGGUACGUACCCAACAAGGGCGUCACGGGAGAUCCUCACCUCACCCUCUUCGUGGCGAGGCUCAAUCUUCAGACCACAGAAGAGAAGUUAAAAGAAGUCUUUUCCCGCUAUGGAGACAUCAGAAAGAUUCGUCUGGUUCGAGACCUGGUCACAGGAUUUUCCAAGGGUUACGCGUUUAUUGAGUACAAAGAGGAGCGUGCGCUGCUGAAGGCGCACAGAGACGCCAACAGGCUGGUCAUCGACCAACAUGAGAUCUUUGUGGACUUUGAACUGGAAAGAACUCUCAAAGGAUGGAUUCCCCGAAGACUUGGGGGUGGGUUUGGAGGCAAAAAAGAAUCCGGGCAGCUGCGGUUCGGAGGACGGGACAGGCCUUUCCGAAAGCCCAUCAAUUUGCCAAACAUGAAAAAUGAAUUCUAUGGAGAGGGAUCGUCAGAGAAAAGGAACUGGUCUCGUGAGGGAACGAGGGACUGGAGAACCAGGGACCGGGACCACGAGAGGAGCAGGGACAAACGCUGGCCAGAAAGGGAGAGGUCGUGGGCUUGGGGUGACAGUGAGAGAGACUCCAAAGAGGAGAGGAGCAGGGGGAGGGAAAGGAAGGACAGAGACAGGAAGGACAGGGAUAGAGACCGCAGCAGGGACAGAGAUACCAAGAAGCAAAGAGAUGAUGAUAAGCACCGAUAGGUGACUGUGCUUUGUCCUUGGGGUGUGUGACCUUCCCUUAGGGCACCUCGGGGCUGUGACAGCAUUCCCAGAACAAGCUGUGGUGUUGCCACCUUGUGCCUGUGACUCUGCUGCCAGCAGCUCUCUGUAGUUUGGUUCCUACUGCAGUUCAGAUGUGUAUUGAAUUGUUCUUUAGAGAAAAUAAACUUUUGUAUUACUGUUUUU